AUGUUUUUCCCUCCCCGAAAAUCCGUAUCGAGUGCCACCCAACUCCGUGCGUCAUCCCGAAUCUCAAAUCUGGAAGGAAAUCGAACACUUGAUGAGAAUGCACGAAAAAACAGAAGAACAAGGCAGUUAGAUGGACUUGAACAAGACAACACACAUGAUGAUCCACAUGCAAACAUUAUUUGGAACAAAGCAGCUCCAAAAUUUGGAGAUGAACUGGAUGGUGGUCCUUCAUCUGUUAAAAAAGCGAAAAAAGGAAAAGAUGAUAAAGCUGGACCUGCUGUUCAUGGAGAUAAAGCUCGCAGAAGAAAGCUUGCUCGACCGGAAUUCAACAAGCAACGGUUCAAGAAAUCCUUCAAUGCACAUGUCGUCGAACACAGUAAAAUCAUUCAAAGCUCAGCGGAUGCCGAUUAUCGGCGAAUCAAUGCUUAUUUCUUGAGUACAGCUCCACCAUCCAGUAAACCACCUAGGAAAUUUUGCGCAGCUUGUGGCAAAACGUCGAAUUAUUCAUGCACUCGUUGUGGGGCACGAUACUGCGGUAUCAGAUGCCGUGACGUUCACAAUGAUACCAGAUGUAUGAAAUGGUUAGCUUAA